AUGAUGAUAGUUAAUCGACAUUCGGAAAUAUCUACUUUGCCCGCUAUCGAAAGGAGAAAGAUUAUGAAACCGAUUUUGGAGAAAAAAAGACGAGAUAGGAUCAAUAAAAGUUUAACAGAGCUCAAGUCUCUCAUACUCGCUUUGACAAACAAAGAAGAAUCAUAUGGCGCCAAAAUGGAAAAAGCAGACAUCUUAGAGAUGACCGCUGAUUACCUCAAAUCCUUAAAUUUGCACAGCUCUGGAAUAAACACUUUACUAGGUUCACCUAUGUACGGCCAAUUCAAUAGUGAUUCUUCGCCCUCUCCCCGCUUGCUCUUGAACGACGAUGCUUAUUCCUCCACUAACAGUGGAUCGGGUUCUCCGACUCACCAAUACAAUAUGAUGGGCUGCGGAAUUUACUCGGUUGAAGACCAUAUCCCCCAAGCUUUACCCGACGUUCGUUCUUUCUCACCCUCGCCUUACUCCUUCGUAGACGAAGAAGACUUGACUGUCAUGGACUCAUCCUACCCAUCUGCGAACCGCGGGUCCGAGGAAGAAGCCGAAGCAGCGGCCGCGACCUCGCUUCUUCUUUUACCCUAUCGACGCGAACCAUCAUAUAAAAGAGACUGCCGAAAACGCGAUUCUGCUUACAGACACGGCAAGGGAACGAAUAAAAUUAUCCUCGAUAGGAGCUUGUGGAGGCCUUGGUGA